UGUAAAACCUCCCCAAUUUUGUAGUACAUCACAAACAGACCAACCCUGCCUACGUACGUGUCCGAAGCGUAUUCUAAGUAUUCUAUAGGGUACAAUUGGCGAGAGGGUUGAAAUUUGAAAACUCGCUGAUACGUCGGUUCCCCGACUGUCACGCUAAAAUGCUAUUACUAGCUCGCUAAAACCGCGAUAUAUAAAAUACUCGGAGCGUUUGCCAACCCCCAGUUCCGCUUCCCUUCGUACUCGUCAUGAAGUGCAGUACGCACCUACUGGUGCUCGGCGCCAGCAUCAGCACUGUCCUCGCCCAGAGCUCAACCUGGUGCGGGAAGAAUUACAUGGCAAAUCAGACUGUUGUACCUCCUGGGGGUCAAUUUGCGCUGCCCUCUAAGAGCGAUGAUCCUUUGCUUGCGUUCAGAUGCGCGCCAGCAUUCCGUCCAUACCUCCAGGAGGAUGCCAAGAAUGCAACGUUUGUCGUGGACACUCGGAUUGUGUACGACUGGAUCAGUGGAGCGUCUCCAAUUACCUUGCCCGGCAGCGCGAACACCCCAUCCUCCGACUGCGAUGCUGGUAAUGUGACCGUUGUGAUCGAAGUGGGCGGCCUCCGCACUACCCACGAAGUGCCCCUGAACGCCACCGGAUACGAGGUUCCUUUAGACAUCAGUAAGCUGAGCGCUCAGCAGACCUCUUACAACGUCAGUUGUUCGGCGCUAUACCUCGCGUCGGCGUCGAAGCCACAAGUCUACUCCGCUAACACCACGCUACUGUACCUUCCCAACUCGAACAAUUCCGUUACGAAGACUGACCUGAGGACUGGCUCGUUAUGGGUGCGACCUGUAAACAGUCCGGGAAGUCCAUUCCAGCCGUUCGUUCCCCAGGGAUUCUAUGUGUCGUUCGACCCAUACCUCCUCAAGAACCUAUCAUACAUUGACCAACUUAAAGAUGAUGGUUUCAACACUAUUCACCCAGUCCCUCCUUACGAUAAUGCCACUGUCUUUGAACAAGUUCUCAACAGGACUGUUGAACUCGGACUCUACGUCAUCUUUGACAUGCGUUCCUAUUACCAGAACCUGACGGCGGUUGCCGAACUGGUAAAUACGUACAAGUCUCUACCCAACCUCCUCACCUGGGAAACUGCCCACGAGCCUGAUGGCAAUUCGGAUCCUUUGAGUGCCGCAAAGCAAGCGUAUGACCUGAUUUACCAGCUGGAUGGCUACCACCCCAUCGGCAUCGUGUUGAAUUGCGAGGACUACGACUUCACACCUUACGUGGAAGGUGCCGAUAUUGUACUUGAGGAUGCGUACCCAAUCGGCAUCAACGCAACGUACUCGCUGGUCUGGCACACCCCCUGUACACCAGACUUCGGUCACUGUGGAUGUGACGAUUGCAAGGGUGGCUUGAUUGAUAUCAAAGCUCGCAUCCAGACCUACAAGGACAGGCUCGAUAUCCUGGGCUAUGACCGCACGAAGACCGUGUGGACGACCCCUCAGGCUGUGGGAAAUGGAGCUUACUGGACCACUAUCCCAACUGGUGCGCAAUGGGCCGCGAUUGGGCUCAUUUCUUUCAAUCAUGGAGCGACAGGAUCCAUGUCCUACCAGUACCCUACGACUACCGGCAACUCUACUACGAUUGAGGGCACCGCGAUGAUCCUCACCAACAUCAUAACAGAAUAUGUCCAACCGUACCUGGUUCGUCCUCAGGUCGCCUACUCCCUCCAUAGUUAUGGGAGUGUCGACGCGGGUGUGUGGUACGACGGCACCAGCUACCUGCUAAUCGCCGCCAACGUGAAUGGCACGGAGACUUUCGUGCCCUGGGGUAGCCUUGGAUUGGGUAAAGUCACGAAUGCGGCUGCGCAGGUUCAGGCACGCUUCUCAGUCGGGCAGCCAUUCAAUGAUACGGGGCUGACAUCCACGCCAACGGGUGUUGGUAUUUAUACUGUAACGUUUUGAUAUUCAGCUAGGCUUGUUUGCAUAGAUACCGACGUCGUCUUUGAAUUGCUAUCCGUUGAUUGACAUACGUCCUUCGUGAGUUCGGCUAGAAAAACUCGGACUCGGGGAUAUAUGUAUGUGUGUAUUCCAGGUGUAGGCCGCUGAAAGUUUCCAGUAUCACAGAAGACUUGUCCUAAG